AUGAAGGAUCUAUCAGAAUAUUUGUUAAUAGUUGGAGGGGUCAUGUGUAGUUUAUUCUACUGUAAGCGAAAGGGAAUUUGGUUUGGUGCGCGCUUUGGAGAUUCGCGUGGGAGCUGUCUAGCGUGUGACUGUAUGGGAAGCAAAGCACUUAUUCGGAGCACAAACCUAGGGAAAUUGAAACCUAAUUUAAAAGGAUCUGAGAAGGAAGAAUACCCACAAUGUAGCAGAGAGGUGAAAAUGGCCGGGAAAUCUAAUAAAGGGAGGAACCGAAGAGGGUCCAAUAACACAACAAGUUCUUCAGAGCCAAUGGCUUCAUCCGAUGCUCCUGUGAAAGAUGACAUAGCUGCUUCAGAAGCUGGUGUAGCCACUGUUAAUGGAGUACCGGCUGGGAGUGAAUCAACUAAUGGCGCCUCAGAGAUAAUGGAGUCUGACACAGCAAAUUCUGCAAGCGAAGCGAAGCAAGGUGAUCUUCAUCUUUACCCUGUCUCUGUCAAGACACAAAGUAGCGAGAAGCUUGAGCUACAAUUGAAUCCGGGAGAUUCUGUCAUGGAUGUAAGACAAUUCCUUCUUGAUGCUCCUGAGACGUGUUUCUUUACAUGCUAUGACUUGUUGCUGCACACAAAGGAUGGUUCAACUCAUCAACUAGAAGAUUAUAAUGAAAUAUCUGAAGUAGCUGACAUUACUUCUGGUGGUUGCUCCUUGGAGAUGGUUGCUGGUCUUAGAGAUCCAUUUACGAAAUCUUCUAACAUGGAAACUUUUUUGGCAGCACCUUAUGAUGAUAGAUCAAUCAGGGCUCAUGUUCACCGCACAAGAGAAUUGCUUUCACUUUCUACACUUCAUGCUUCAUUAUCAACAUCCCUUGCUUUAGAGUAUGAGACAGCACAAAACAAAGCUCCAGGUUCAGACGCUGGAAAAACUGAGGUACCUGAGCUUGAUGGUAUGGGAUUUAUGGAGGAUGUUGCAGGCUCAGUUGGUAAAUUGUUAUCAUUCCCAAGAAAGGAGAUCAAGUGUGUGGACAGUAUGUUCUAUGUCAAUUCAAGCACAGAGAAUGUCCUUGACCCAAGGCCUAGCAAAGCUGCUUCUGAAGCAACUACCCUCGUUGGACUUCUGCAGAAAAUCAGUCCCAAGUUCAAAAAAGGUAAAGCUUUUCGUGAAAUUUUGGAGCGUAAGGGUUCUGCACACCCUUUUGAAAACGUUCAAUCUCUCCUGCCACCAAAUUCGUGGCUUGGAUUAUACCCAGUUCCUGAUCAUAGACGUGAUGCUGCUAGAGCGGAGGAUGCACUAACUCUUUCAUAUGGUAGUGAGUUGAUUGGCAUGCAAAGAGAUUGGAAUGAGGAGUUGCAAUCCUGUCGGGAAUUUCCCCAUUCAACUCCUCAGGAAAGGAUAUUGCGUGAUAGGGCUCUCUACAAAGUGACUUCUGACUUUGUUGAUGCAGCAAUUAAAGGUGCUAUUGGAGUCAUCAGCAGAUGUAUUCCCCCCAUAAAUCCAACUGAUCCAGAGUAUGUUCACAACAAUAUAUUCUUCAGUUUUGCUGUGGAUGCGGACCUUGAACUGCUUUCCAAGAAAUGCAAUUCAGAUACUAGUUCAAAGACCGAGAACACUAGUUCUUCGAUUAAUUCAUCUGAAAAGGUUACCCGCGAUUUGCAUGGGGAUGGUGGAAUUGCUAAUGGAGUGAAAUGUGACGGAUCAACUACAGAAGUGGUGGAAUUGCCUCCUGAAUCAUCUUCUGAGCCGCAGUUGGCUGAGAGUGAACAAGCUACAUAUGCUUCGGCAAAUAAUGAUCUGAAAGGCACCAAAGCCUACCAGGAAGCUGAUGUCCCUGGUUUAUAUAAUCUUGCCAUGGCCAUAAUUGAUUACAGGGGUCACAGAGUGGUAGCCCAGAGUGUCUUACCUGGCAUUCUUCAAGGGGAUAAAUCAGACUCUCUUCUGUAUGGUUCUGUUGAUAAUGGCAAGAAAAUAUGCUGGAAUGAAGAUUUUCAUUCCAAGGUGGUCGAAGCUGCCAAACGCCUUCAUCUAAAGGAACACACUGUCCUAGAUGGAUCUGGGGAUGCUUUCAAAUUAGCUGCACCAGUAGAAUGCAAGGGCAUUGUUGGUAGUGAUGACAGGCAUUAUUUACUGGACUUGAUGAGAGUAACUCCACGUGAUGCGAACCAUACCGGACCUGGCUCACGGUUUUGCAUAUUGAGACCAGAAUUAAUCACUGCCUUUUGUCAGAAGGCUGAAGCUGUGGCAAGAUUGAAGAGUAGACCUACAUCUGAGGGAGGGGCUCAAGUGGCUGCAGAUUCUACAGAAGUUGCUGGUGCUGAUGAGCAAGUUAAACCUGAGGAAGCUGCAGCUUCCAUCAACAAUCAAGAGAUUGCUAAAGAAGGGAAAGCUGACACUGUAGAAGAGUGUGCUGCUACUCAUGCUGGAAGCCCUGAACCUUGUGAAGAAAUACUUUUUAACCCUAAUGUUUUUACGGAGUUCAAGUUGUCUGGGAAUCUGGAGGAGAUUGCAGCAGAUGAAGAAAAUGUGAAGAAAGUUAGUUCGUAUCUUGCAAAUACCGUACUUCCAAAGUUCAUCCAAGAUCUUUGCUCACUUGAAGUCUCACCCAUGGAUGGACAGACUCUGACCGAAGCACUACAUGCUCAUGGAAUUAAUGUUCGCUACAUGGGAAAGGUAGCCGAAGGAACAAAACACUUACCUCAUCUAUGGGAUCUUUGUUCCAAUGAGAUUGUUGUCAGGUCUGCAAAGCACAUCCUCAAGGUCUUCAAAUUAAUGCAAGGCCUAUUACAUGUGCAUGUUGACUCUGUCAUGUCUUGGCAACUAGGCUGCCUUGUUUUCUUAGCUAGGUCAGGCAUCUAUCUUCAGGUGAUUUAUGUUGCAUGUGCAAACCUGUCUUGGACAGAAGUAGCUUUGGUUCCAUCCUUUUUAAUGCAUUUUGAUGCUCAAUAUGAAAAAGAUCUUCUCAGGGACACAGGUGAUAAUGAUCUAGGGCCAGCAAUCUCUCAUUUUUUCAACUGUUUCUUUGGAAGCUGUGAAGCUGCUGGCAUAAAAGUUUCAGUGAAUAGUUCACAUUCAAGAGCAACAAAGAAAGAACAAACUGGCAAUCAGUCUUCAGGGAAAUCCUCUAGGGGCCAAACAAGGUGGAAAGGAGCAUCCACAAGAAAGAACCAAUCCUCAUAUAUGAUUGUUAGCUCAGAAAGUCUAUGGUCUGACAUUCAGGAACUUGCAAAGCUCAAAUAUGAGUUUGAGUUGCCAGAGGAUGCGAGGUCACAGGUGAAGAAAGUCUCAGUUAUACGUAACCUUUGCCAAAAGGUGGGCAUUACCAUUGCAGCUCGCAAAUAUGAUCUCAAUGCUACAGUGCCUUUCCAAAUGUCAGAUAUCUUGAAUAUCCAACCUGUGGUGAAGCAUUCAGUUCCUCUAUGUUCAGAAGCUAAGGAUCUUGUGGAAACAGGAAAAGUUCAAUUGGCUGAGGGGAUGCUUAGUGAAGCCUACACAUUAUUUUCUGAGGCAUUUUCCAUUCUUCAACAGGUGACUGGUCCGAUGCAUCGGGAGGUUGCCAACUGUUGUCGGUAG